AAGAGCGAGAUGUGCACGUCUAAAAUAGAAUCAAGAUAGUAGCGCCGCGACGCACUUUCGCCACUAGAGCUUGAGCGAAUGUUAACCCACUGCGCGCAAAAGAAAGAAAGGAGCAAAAACAAUAAAGAAACAAGACUGAAGACCGAUAGAAUCGGAUAGUUUAGGUGGUUGCUGCGCUCGUAAAAAUAAGCAGGAGCAAAUAGAGCGGCGAAAGCAAUUCAAAACAAACAAAAAUCGAAGGAUUAUCUCACGAUGGCCUACAGUUGGGACAACAGAGUCAACUUCGUUAUAAGCCACUUAUACGAUAUCGACUGCAACGGUUAUCUUGAUGAAAGGGAUUUCGCUUGCCUCGCUCUAAGGGCGACGAUCAUCGAGGGCAAAGGAGAGUUCAGCUUCUCCCGACUCCAGGAGUAUCAACACAUUAUGAUGAGCCUAUGGGAGGAAAUCGCCGAGCUCGCAGAUUUCAAUAAGGACCUUUUGCAGGACGGGAAGAUCACCACCGAGGAGUUCAAGCAAGCGGUGCAGCAGUGCUGCGUUGGACGGAGGUACGAGGAUUUCCCUCAAGCCAUGAAGAUGUUCAUCGACAGCAACUUCAAGAUGGUCGAUUUGAACGAUGACGGUGUCAUCGGAGCAGACGAGUACCGUUUCAAUUGCAUCACGAAAUUCGCCAUCGAUGACAUUGAAGUGGUGGACGAGGCCUUCAAUAAUCUGUUGAGCGAUGAUGAUAGGAGAAGAGGUGGUCUGACCUUGUCCAGGUAUCAGGAACUUUACGCUCAGUUUCUGGGCAAUCCCGAUGAAAAUUGUCCAGCCGUUUACCUCUUCGGGCCGCUUUCCGAGUUCUACAGAGAGGAGGAGAUCUGAAGGAGGCUCGUGUUACGGGAGACUCUCUGGUUGGGUGAAAUAAAAUAAUCAAUCAACUAA